ACCUCUGAGCCUUCAAGCAGCUCUGUUAAAUCACCUUGUGUGACUCACUCGACUGGGAACUCCCCCACUUCGUCGAACACGUCUUCAUCUUGUACAAGUUUGUCUACUUUCAUGAAGAACAAGGAGGCUGAACGACGGUCGCAUUUUGAGACCAAGAGGAAAAAGUCACGCUCUGCAACAUCACGAAAAAAUACUGAUGUUUUUAUAACAGUAGGUUUAAUGGAAUACGACCACGAUGAUUCAUAUACGCCAAGACGGGUUUUUGGUAAAACAUUUCCUGUGAAGGUGACACCGGACAUGGUGUAUGAUCAAGUUCUUAAAAGAUCUUUGACCAAAUGGGCUAACUAUGAUAGAACAUUUUGCCCUGAUAGAGGUUACGUACUUGUUUACCCAGAUGGUCAAUUGGCACGAACAAUUCCUGGUGGGGACGAAGAAUUCGUAAUGGGCAAGUACAAAGAAGAACUUGGGAAAGCGUACUCAAGAAUAAGUUUGUACCUUUGCCCUGUAGCACCAAAACAGAAAGUGAGAGCGAAUGAUGUACUCAUCACUGAUCUACUUACCGAAAACGACGAUUUGGACCUCAAUACUGAAUUACAAGAAGAAGUGCCAGAAAAUUGUAAUGGAAAUUUGGCAGUAUCUCCAGAAUCCAGUGGAAAUGGGUCUGGGGAAGCUGCUGCAACAUCCUAUGCUUUGACAGACUUUUUACCAGUUGGAGUUGAUGAGAAUGCUGCUGUGCAACAGGCCAUACGUAAUAGCUUGUCUAUGCAUGUCGAUGUGGAAGAUGCAGUUGGUGAUGCUAUCACUGACCCUGAAAUUCUCACAAGUGAUGGUUUCUUGAAUGCAGUUAAAGAGCAUGCAGCAGACAAAAUUCAAGGAAACCCUCGAAACAUUGUUGUUAGCCGAUUAAGCAUAUGGCGAACUGCGCUACCAUAUUUUAGAAGGAAAGGCUUCCUUAGUUCUGCUGGCAUUUUGAAAGUAUCAUUUGCUACAUUUGAAGAGGAGGAAGAUGCCGUAGAUCAAGGUGGCCCAAGAAGAGAAUUCUUCCAUCUACUUCUUGGAGCUAUUGCACGAGACAGUGGAAUAAUGUGUAGCAUGCCAACAGGUUGUGUAAUUCGCUGCAAUGUUGGAGCCUUGAUUCAAGGAACAUUUUUGGCUGUUGGACACAUGUUGGCUACACUUGUUGUGCAAGGUGGAGAAUUGCCACGAAUAUUUAGCAAAUCUGUUUGCCAAUAUAUUGAGGCAGGGUUUGUCGGCUGUACACCAGAUAUAGACGAGCUACCUGACAAGAACAUUAGAGAUUCUCUUUUAAAGCUGAAAGCUGCAAAGGAUCAAGGGGGUGUUGAUUCUUUUUUGGCUGAGAGUGAGUGGAGAUAUGACAUUGAUGGAUUGUCCCAAACCCUCCUAAUUAAAGAUAAGCUGAUGUUCAUUGAGGAGGUCACCAAAUACUUCAUCAUCAUAAAAUGCAAACCAAUGCUUGAUCAGCUCAUUGAAGGCCUCAAUUAUUAUGAUGUUUUGCAACUGGUCCGUGCUAAUAAAGGAAUGGCAAACUAUUUAUUCCAGUACAAUCCAGAGGAAAAGAUGGAUGGCAGCAAGCUGAUAAAAAUCAUGAAACCUAAUUUUUCUCCAAUUGGUCACCAUCGUAGAGAACCACAAGAAAUAAUAAUGGCUAAAUUUAUCGCCUUCAUCAAGUCCAUGGAAGAUGGAAGUUUGCUGGGAAACUUACAUGAUGAAGGAAUCGAGUUGACAGAAGAAGAGGAGCGCUUUGCUUCUGAAGCAACUCCUAAGCAUAUUCUUCUAUUUGCAACUGGUGCAACCAACGUACCUACUAUUGGCUUUGUACCUAAACCAACAAUCACAUUUGUUCAUGAUGAUGGCAAGAUGAUACCAUCAGCUCAGACCUGUUCCAACUCAUUGCAUUUGUAUGUGAACAAGAAGACACUAGAUUGUAGUCUGGCCCAUUGCUUGCUGACAGCUUUAAUGAAUGGAGGAAUAUUUAGUAAAUUGUGA